GAGGUGAGGGCACGAGUUGGCGUCGACGGGCGAACGAAAGAAAAAGAAAAGAGGCUCCGACACGCCCCCCGUACUCCCCGUUAUCAGGAGCCAAGAAUAUAUAAAUAUAAAGGGAGGCCGUAGUAGAAAGGGAGAAGAGAAAGCGAGAAGGAAAAGAAAGCCAAACAAAAGACCUCCUCUCUACCUCUCUCUCUCUCUCUCUCUCUCUCUCUCUCUCUCUCUCUUCCCCAUCCGUCGCCUCGCGCCCAAAACCCUCGCAUCUUCGUCAUUCGAACCCCUCCCUGUGAGCCCCUCCAAGCGCCGUCACGAUGAGUUCUCUCCGCCGGCUCGCUCCACUCCUCCGCCAAUAAACAGAACUGGAAGUGCGCAGUGAAUGGCAUGGACGGAGAUGAAUGUUGGUAAUGGGAGAGAGGGCGAUGCUGUGGCAUCAGAGAAUGGGUGCUUAAAAGGGCUGAGGUCUUCGUCCGAUGCUGUUGUAACCCCAACCCAACUUCCUCAUCUUAAAAAGAGGUUUGAAGGGAAAGAUGCACUCUCAUAUGCCAGCAUCCUUCGAUCGCGAAACAAGUUUCCAGAUGCACUUGCAUUGUAUGAAAGCAUCCUUGCAAAGGACAGCACCAAUGUGGAGGCCCUGAUAGGCAAGGGAGUAUGCUUCCAGAUGCAGAAUAUGACACGGCAAGCAUUUGAGAGCUUCAUGGAAGCCAUUAGGCGGGAUCCACAGAAUGCAUGCGCCCUCACUCACUGUGGAGUUAUUUACAAGGAUGAAGGUCGCCUGAUGGAGGCUGCUGAGUCAUAUCAGAAGGCUCUAAAGGCAGAUCCUUCAUACAAACUUGCUGCAGAAUGCCUUGCCAUUGUCUUAACAGAUCUUGGCACCAGUUUAAAACUUGCUGGUAACACUGAGGAGGGCAUUCAGAAAUAUUGUGAAGCUCUAAAAGUAGACUGCCACUAUGCGCCUGCAUAUUAUAACCUUGGAGUGGUUUACUCUGAGAUGAUGCAAUAUGAUUUAGCUCUUAGUUGCUAUGAGAAGGCUGCCUUAGAGAGACCCUUGUAUGCAGAAGCAUACUGCAACAUGGGAGUUAUAUAUAAGAACCGUGGGGACUUGGAAGCAGCCAUUGCUUGCUAUGAAAGGGGUUUGACUAUUUCUCCAAACUUUGAGAUUGCUAAAAACAACAUGGCAAUAGCUUUGACAGAUUUGGGAACAAAGGUAAAACUGGAAGGUGAUAUCAACCAAGGAGUGGCAUACUACAAGAAAGCAUUGUAUUACAAUUGGCACUAUGCUGAUGCGAUGUACAAUCUUGGCGUUGCAUAUGGCGAAAUGCUGAAAUUUGACAUGGCAAUUGUAUUUUAUGAACUUGCAUUACACUUCAAUCCUCAUUGUGCGGAGGCAUGCAACAAUUUAGGAGUAAUUUAUAAGGAUAAAGAUAAUCUCGACAAAGCCGUGGAAUGUUAUCAGAUGGCUUUAUCAAUUAAACCUAACUUCUCACAGUCGCUAAACAACCUUGGAGUUGUUUAUACUGUUCAGGGUAAAAUGGAUGCCGCAGCAAGCAUGAUUGAGAAAGCCAUUGUAACCAAUCCUACAUAUGCAGAAGCAUAUAAUAACUUAGGGGUCCUUUACAGAGAUGCAGGCAAUAUUGCUCUGGCUAUAGAGGCAUAUGAGAGAUGCCUUCAUAUUGAUCCUGAUUCACGUAAUGCAGGCCAGAACCGGUUGCUUGCUAUGAACUAUGUACAUGAGGGAUCAGAUGAUAAGCUUUUUGAGGCUCACAGUGAAUGGGGAAGGCGCUUUACGAAGCUAUAUCCACAGUACACUAGUUGGGAUAAUCCCAAGGAUAUGGAACGACCACUAGUAAUUGGAUAUGUGUCCCCAGAUUAUUUUACUCAUUCUGUAUCAUAUUUCAUAGAAGCUCCCCUUUCACACCAUGACUAUACAAAUUACAUGGUGGUUGUGUACUCUGCAGUUGUGAAGGCAGAUGCCAAGACCCUUAAAUUUAGGGAUAGGGUCUUGAAAAAGGGUGGAUUAUGGAGAGAUAUUUGUGGGAUUGAUGAGAAGAAGGUUGCUAGCAUGGCUAGAGAUGAUAAAGUUGACAUAUUGGUAGAACUCACAGGUCAUACUGCAAACAAUAAGUUAGGGAUGAUGGCCUGCCGACCUGCCCCUGUUCAGGUAACUUGGAUUGGAUACCCAAAUACAACUGGUUUGCCUACAAUUGAUUACAGAAUUACAGACUCAUUGGCUGAUCCACUUACGACUAAGCAGAAGCAUGUUGAGGAGUUGGUUCGUCUACCUGAAUGUUUUCUUUGCUAUACGCCUUCUCCAGAAGCUGGUCCUGUUUCUCCAACGCCAGCUGUUUCCAAUGGUUUCAUUACCUUUGGGAGCUUCAACAAUUUAGCAAAGAUAACACCCAAAGUGUUGCAAGUUUGGGCAAGGAUAUUAUGUGCGCUUCCAAAUUCCCGACUUGUAGUCAAGUGUAAACCCUUCUGUUGUGAUAGUGUAAGACUAAGGUUUCUUUCAAUGUUGGAGCAACUGGGACUGGAACCUUCACGUGUCGACCUUUUACCUCUAAUUCUUCUGAACCAUGACCAUAUGCAAGCAUAUUCCCUAAUGGAUAUCAGCUUGGAUACAUUUCCAUAUGCAGGAACAACAACUACAUGCGAGUCUUUAUACAUGGGGGUUCCAUGUGUUGCAAUGGCAGGUUCAGUGCAUGCUCAUAAUGUUGGUGUCAGCCUUCUCACUGAAGUUGGGCUUGGGCAUUUGAUUGCCAGAACAGAAGACGAAUAUGUCCGGUUGGUGUUGCAAUUGGCCUCUGAUGUCCCAGCUUUAGCAGAGCUGAGAAUGACUCUCCGAGAACAAAUGAUGAAGUCACCAGUCUGUGAUGGAGCGAAAUUCACACGGGGGCUAGAGUCUGCAUACAGAAACAUGUGGCACAGGUAUUGUAAUGGUGACGUGCCAGCCUUCAAGCUCAUGGAGUUGAUGCAACAGCAACAGCCACUUUCAGAACAAGUUUCAGUAAAAUUUUCUGAACCCAAAGCAGACACUGCACAAGAAGAUCACAUUGGGCCAGGGAAGGUGAAUGGUGUGAGUUCAGUUGCAUCGUCCACCCCAAACCCUUCCAGCUGCAAGGAAAAUGGAAACUGAUACAGAUAUUGAAGAGCUGGGUUUAUUUGCAAGUGCUUUGCCUGCAGAGAUGUCUACAUAUGCAGGAAGAACAUACUGCUGUUAACACCAGAACCAUGGAGAAUUGCAUGCUCAAAUUGUUGGGUUUUUCCACCUUUAAUUCACAAAACUUUGUUGGAGCAAUGCUGUUUAUUUAAGGGAUGGCAUUGGUGUGGCUUGGUCAAUCAACAAAUGGAGCAUCACCAUGAUGGAGGCAGGCAGGAGCUGUUACGAAAUUUUUAUAUGCAGUAGAAGAUGAACCUCAAGGUUGGGGGUAGUGCUGGGCUGAAAGCUUGAUUGUUAGAGGGGCAUUUUCAAACUGAUAAGAAUAUACUGGGCAUGAUUGUUAAGAGGGGCAUUUUCAAACUGAUAAGAAAAUCAUAUACUAAAUUUGUAAAUUUAGAUGCAGAUUGCUAAUCUUAGAAAAAUGAAUCAAUUGCAACUUUCGUUGAGAUUACAAUAGGUUACUCUUUGAAGCAGUGGUACCAUUGAAGUGCUAGUAGAGUUGUUAAA